GUUUCACGUUUGCGUUCAGUCAGUUCAGUAUUUACUUCGUCGUGAUUGAAAUCGAUUCGUUCGUUCGUCCGUUGCCUUCAGCUGUUUUGUGAUGAUGGCGUAGGUACUUCUGUUUUCGGUAAGAUUUUCUGAUAUUGCCUCGCGUGUGUGGAAUUAAACUGAAAAAAUAUGUAACAAACGGCGACAACAACAAAGUGAAUAACAGUCAAGAAAGGGUUGGUUUAUUGUAAAUAGCAACAACAAGUUCGCUUCAAGCAAAGCAAAGAUCUCCUGAAUUUGCGACGCGCUGUGCUUUUUUCCUGUUACAAUCGCAGUGUGCUACGUUUAUCACUCCGUUUAGUUUCUGGGGCACUUAAGAAUUUGUGAUACAUAGGCGUGAUGCUGUGCUGUGCGUUGCAUUAACUGCGUGGUUUCGAUCGACGGAAGCAUUUAGUGGGGAAUAUGAGUCUUCUCAACCAAGCAUAGAGCGAUACAUUUCCUCUGAAAAUACGACUAGGAAUAUUCCUGGCCUGCAUCACUACUGAGCCUACAAGUGAAAGUGUGGCCUUCCACCGUUCCUUUAAAAAAAAGUGAUUGAAAAAAAAAUUGAACAAGCCAACCACGUAACCAUUUUGUGCGGGGAUUGUGAAAUUUAGCUUUACCAAAAAAGAAAUAAAAAGAUAAAAGGGGCAAUCAAUUUAAAAUCCCACGAAGAAGAGACGGGGAAACCCUGUAAAAGUUAGUUCUUGAAGCAAAAGGAAACCCACCACCAAUAAUCCUCGAAGAGGAAACCAGUUUCCGUUCCACAAAAGAAGAGCCCCAAGUGAAAGUCAAGUCGUCAAAAUUGGUUUCUUCAAAUUCUUCAGUGAAAACCUGACGGAAGCGGCAGCAGCAGCAUCAGCCGCCGCGGCACUGCUUCCUUCACCUGAACAACUAGCCGAAGCCACCGUCGCAAUGGACGAGGAUGAUGAGGUGGCCGACAUCCGGGAGCAGAUAUUUCAUAACACCGUGCGGGAGCAUAUCAUUUUCUUGCUACUGUUCCUGUUGCUUUACCUUGGAAGCUUUGCGCUGAUCGGACGUUUCCGGCGCCGGGACCGGGAGGAUUUAUUCUCCACCGACGACGACGAAAUCACCGUCUACAGAAUCAGCUUAUGGCUCUGUACGUUCUCGUUGGCCGUGGCCGUGGGAGCGGCACUUCUCCUGCCAAUAUCAAUCGCCAGCAACGAGGUACUGAUCCUGUACCCGAACAGCUACUACGUAAAAUGGCUCAACAGUUCACUGAUUCAAGGUCUCUGGAAUCACGUGUUCCUGUUCUCUAAUUUGGCGCUCUUUGUGCUGCUGCCAUUCUCCUAUCUCUUCACCGAGUCGUCCGGUUUCAGCGGGCACAAAAAAGGAGUCAUGGCUCGGGUCUACGAAACUUUCACGGUGUUUUCGCUGCUGGCGUUCAUCGUUUUCGGCAUGACCUACGUCAUUUCGGCCCUGCGGGAUCCGGACCGCAACAGCUUCCAGGCGCUGUUCAAUCUUGGAAAAUAUCAUCUGCCAUUUCUUUACUCGUGUGUAUCAUUUUUAGGAGUACUUUUACUUUUAGGUAAGUUUUUUUAGAAUAAUUAUCUUUAGCAGUGAAACACCCUAUCAAAUUUGCCGGUAAAUUGACAACAGUCUGUCGUAUGCCAUCGUGUUUAUGCCAAAUUUUUCGUUCGUGUCUUACUAUACUAGUUGUAGAUGGUAACAUUGUAGGUGCUUGGCACUUUUGCUUAUGAGCCUAUGCAAACCGCAAAGUAAAAGUUACUCUAUACUUGUGGGUGGGGAAGUUUUAUCGAUGAGUAUCAUCCA